CGCGUCACCUAAUUUUUGCAAAAAGAAUUCUAACCUCAGUGGUUAGAGCGAUAUGUUAGGCAAUAAUACAAUCCUAAGCCAUAAACUUCAGGAAGCUUGUUCGUACAUUCCAACUGUUCGUGGAUACGUUGCUGGUUUGAAAAACACAGUUUAAUGUCUCAGCUCUCCAUGAUUGAUGGGCAGCUGGACCCAGCCACCAGGCUUGCAUGUGAAAAUUCUUCUGUGCGCUGCUGCAGCUGAAGCUUUGUUGGAUGCUGCCAGAUCCGCUGAGUUUUCCCAGCAACUUCUGUUUUUGUUCGACCAAACAUCUCCGACGCGCCCACAGUGGCUGAGCCAACUUUUUCCAUCUGCCAUUUGGUACAUUUUCCACACUCAGUGCUGUGACUGAGUAAUGCUAUCAUCAUCAUCAUCAUCAUCGGCCUGUGAGAUUUUAAAAUACAAACACUGGCUUCAACCUAUUUUUUUUCCCCUCCAGCCAACCUGUUCAAAGAUAUUGUUACACACGUCCUUCUGGGACUUGAACCUGGGUCUCCCGGUCUAGGGGUAGGGACACUACGCCAGAAGCGGGUGGAAUAAAGGGGCCUCAGAGGGCGAUGGAAUCGAGAACCUUUAAGCAGUUGCUGUCAACCCUAUUGUUCUCCGCCGGUAGGAAUAGGUGAUAACUUCCCCUUUAACUAGGUGUGUGCAUGCGCAUUAUCUUGGUGCAGCGGAAAGCUCGGUCCGACGGGAAAACCGCUUCAAAUAUUUAGUGGCGAUGAAUAGAUUGAACACCGGUCGGCUUCGGAUCAUGUUCUCUAUUUAUAAAACGCAGUAAUGCCCUCAGUCUGUCGUUGACCUUUGCAUUCUCCUCCUUUUCCUGCUUCUUGGCUCGAGUCCAAUGGUCCGUGACAGAACCUUCCUCUCGCACCGUGUGAUCGAGGGGGCCCCUGAGGUGGGAACGCAGUCAAGAUGGCGACGCUGUGGCGACGGUUCUGCUACUCGGCUCCUACGACCGCACCGGGAUUUUGGAGUCGAGUCCGAAACAGUAACAUAGGUAUCUGGACACGGAGCCUUCUUAAUGAUUACAAAGAGGCCUGUAAAGAGAUUGUUGUGGGAGCCAGAGAUCACCCAGGAAAAGCUGCCUUUUACUGUGCGCUCCUCACAGGGGCAUGUGUUUGUGGAUACAAAAAUCCAUGUGACAAAUCCUUUCAGGCUACUCUGUUGGAAUCAUCAAACCAGCUUUUAGUUUUGUCACCUUGGGUCCGGAACAGUCGGUCAGACCAGCACAUCCAGAAUCUGGUGACAGUUAAAAACCAGGGCCGACUCCGGCAUCAGAACCUGCUCCUCUUCUCUCUGGUGUACGCAGCACCCUAUGAUGCAAAGACCAGUUUAUACAAUGCACAAUGUGAAUAUUUGAAACCACGGUGGUCGGAUUUUCCAGGCAGAGUUUUGGACAUUGGGUUUUUUGGCAAGUGGUGGAUCCUUAGUUCCAAAAUGAAAGACUGGGACAUCAAUGACAAUGAGUUUGCUUAUCUGCCUGAUGAGCUGCAAACCGUUACGCCACAGAAUCUUCAUUCAACCGAGAAUGAGAGACUGUUUGAAUUAAAGUUUCAGCCUGUCAUUCUUGGAGAAGAGGACACAGAGGAGAAGGGAGCAGGCUAAAAACACUGCACACUGUGCCACAGUAGUGACAAAACAUAUAAAAAGUUGUUGAGGAUGGAAACUUAGUCUCAUCACCUCACAGUUUUAUCCUUCUUGACUAUUUCGGAGCUUUAUUUAACAUGUGUUUUAAAAAAAAUUUAAAAAGCUUAAAUAAACACAAUCCCAAGAA